AUGGACGGCGCAGAUACCACCCCUUCCAACUCCAAAGUGAUUCUCCAAUGCACCGAUCCAAACAACUUGUUCGACUCCCUAGAACCAAGACUCUCAGCCAGGGGCCCUCUCAAAAACCUUCACUGGAAAUCUCCAAAUCGUCCUCUGCGCUCCAUUCCAACCCUCAACAUCUCCUUAAACCGCGAGCAACUCACCAACGGUUCGGGUUCCAGUGUUCGCAGGCACCAGAUCCCAGGCUUGCGCGAAACUCCCUACGUGAAGCUCUACCUACUGCGCUGCGACGAUAAGGAGACUUACAAGGAAAGGGCCAGGAAAGAUGUCCGCCAAUGGGUCAAGACAGUCUCCCAGCCUGGAGAAUCGAAGUCUGCAUCCAAGACACAAGAGAGUCAUGACGCUUUCGAAUGGUUGAUCGUACAUGUGGUCCUGCCAAAUACUCCUGCGGCCAAUCAACCACGAUCUUCCAAGCACAUCACCUUGGAGAAUGCUGAAAGCACCGACAGCCUCAACAGUAAAUCCAAAUGGUCAGGAAAAAGUUCUUCCACGAUCUUUGACAAACUCCGUGCCGAUUUCAGCAGCAGUUCAAAGUCCUCCUCCAUUAAUCGUGUCGCCCAAGUUAGGCUCCUCGAACCCAACGAGAAGUCGACUGUCUUGACACCUGCUGAGCUUGAAGAGCAAUGGCAGGAUCUGGUCGAGUGUCUGAAAGCCUGCAUCCUGCGCUCUUUCGACGCUCGCGUAGCGCAAUACGAGCUUGAUAUUCGGGAAAGAGACGGCCAAAGAAGUUUGCCAGGUUGGAAUUUCUGCACCUUCUUUGUGCUCAAGGAGGGUCUGGCCCGGGGCUUCGAGAAUGUGGGUCUGUUGGACGAUGCCCUUUCUGUGUAUGACGAGCUUUCCGUAGGCUUGGAUACCGUCGUCAAGGAAGCAUCGGAAAGCGGUGACCAGGAAGAGCAUGGUGGUUUACUCCGCUUUUCCAAGGAGUCAAAGGCACUCUUGAGGGCUGCACUGGAUCUAGAAGACCAGGCGACUCAGACACCCACUCGAGAUCUUCCCAGACAACUGUCCCAAAUAUUCGUGAUCGAUCGCGAAUACUUUCCAUUCGAAGCAAAUCGCCCACGAUAUCGUGAACGUAUUCUGUCAAAUGAGGUGUCAGCAUUGGAUUUACGAGUAUACCUCUUUACACGGCAGAUUGAGAACCUUCUCCGGCAAGCUGGUGCAGAUUCACUCCCUGACCUUGCAUCGCAGAAGAAUACUGUUAACCUCCAUAUUGUUGGGGAUGUAGCAGAGCGUGCCACGUCCUUUAUCAAUCUAGCUGGGCGGCUUCUUCGCCUGGAACUCUACAUGGCCUGGGGAGGACAGGAAGGCCUGAGUGAAGAAGAAUUGCAAAGCCAACGGAUUGUCACAGCGAACAUUGUCUCAACUUGGACAUGGUGUGCCAUUUUGCAAAUCCUGACCAAGGUUACUCCGGCUUUGGGACUUGACUUGAGUUACUGGACAAGUUCACUCUCAGUCGAUGCAUUGGAACUAUCGCAAAAUGCCGAGCCUUCACAAGAUACUUCACCUCUAGAUGGAGAAAGACAUCUGCAUCGCAUGUCUCUCGCUGCAAACAUUGGAGUUGCCUCCCACGAGCAGUCUCUAGAUCGCAGUAACAGGCACAGCAUGAUGUCAGACGGAGCUAGCCAACAGCAAGUUCUGCUUUCCCGUGCGGGUUCCGAAAAAUCCUUGUUCUGGAUUUCAAAGCUGUCACUAAUGGCUAGGCACGUUCUCCAACAUCUGGAGGGGGCCAGCGCGUGGAAUACUGAGCUGAAGGAAGGUGUGAACAUUGCACUUAGUGCUGAAGAUUCAUUAGCGAACCACGGCUCAGGCACUUUUGACCAGAGAUCAGAUGAUAGCAACGGAAGCACCCAAGAAAAUCUCUCAGGGUUGAGGUCUCAAGUGCUCAUCGCCGCGUCAACUUCGCGGGCCGCCUUUCUCGAUUUAUACAUCUUGCUGACCAUAUUUCGGUAUCGCCUCCUGAGUCGUACAAAGAGCUACACGGCACUACGACAGGCAUUGGUCGAUUUGGUAGAAUUUGAAUACAUUCAGAGGAAUUUUGCCAUCGCAGCACGAUACCUCUUCAGUAUCCUUGGACCAUUGCCACGACCCUCUAAUCACUCAGCCGAUGAUUAUCUCUUUCGGAUAUAUGCAGAUUGUCUCAAGCAGCUCGAUAAACCUAACGACCACGCCAGAUGUCUAAUUGCGUGUUUACAAUCCUCGACAUACAGGAGUCCUCACCAUUCCAAGUAUUCUGCCCAGCACAUAAGGCACCUUCAAACCCGACUUUCGGAAGUGCUGGAAGCCGUUUCCCCCUUCACUUUACGACUGGCAACACUUUUCCACGUGGUGCAUAUCGCAUCCGCUAUCGGUCAUUCGAACGGUCAAGAUGGAUUUACUCUCAACCUUGCUCUGAGAACGUUAUCUGGGCCGGGGACUAUCCUUGUCCACGAUGUCAAGCUCAAACUAUCGUCGAAAGAUAGCAACGAGCCACGUACCAUCAGCCUUCAAUCGCCAGAACCAACGUUGGUCACUGAAAAGGCUACUACAGUCUUUCUUCAAACUUCGGUGAUGGGCCAAGGUUGGUAUAAGAUCGAUGAGAUUGAGGUUCGGAUUGGCAACCUCAGACUCUUUCAACAGUUUCACUCUCCACGCGAUUCCGACUCGACUGACGAGGAAGAUUCAGUAGCCAUUCGGACUGCAGUCGUGCCAAUACUUGUCUAUCCGCACAAUCGAGCAUUGGCGGUUCGGGUUCGAUCAUCUUCGACUUUGCAUCUGUCAGAAGCGAGACGUCUUUGCAUCGAGCUUCGGCCAGGUCAAAACGAGAUCACCCAAUGCAAAUUGAGACUCAAGACUGCUACCGCUGGACUGAGACUAAAUGUUCAUGAUACACGGGUACUCGAUUGCCAACGAUCUCCGGAUACGUUGCGAACAGCCCGAGAAGGGGACACGCUUCUUGUGGUGAUUGAUGACUUGAAGCCUGACACCCUAACAGCCAUUGAAAUGCCAUACACCUUAGAGAUAGCAUCUACGGCGUCUAUUGUUAUACGUGUGGAGGCAGGCUACGAGACACAACGAGGCCAAUUCAUGCUGUAUGAGACGGCGGCUGUGAAUGUACUCCUACCUGUCACGGUCAAUGUUCAGGACGUUUAUAGGCCGUCUUGCACCUAUUCUCGCUUCACAAUCAGCCCAUCGACCAUGGUUCCACUCAGCCUAAUAAAUUGUCACUUGGAGGACAACGAUCAUUAUACAAUAGAAUUAUCAAAAACUCAACAGAGCCAACUGAUCGUAUUUCCGAGACAGCCAGCGAGCUGGGCUGUGCGACUUGUUCCUAAGAACGAGGACGCAAGUCGAUUGAGUCGUAGGCUGACUUUGGUGGUUGAUUUUCAAUCUCUAGAUGAUGUUAUACUUCUUGCCCUUGAGCACCAUUUUAAGUCUGCGCUUGUAUCAAGCCCGUACGCAUCUGCUGCAAAGUUACUAUCUUCUCAUCUAUUGGAACAAGUACGAGGGACAUGGACAGAGCAAGAUCUCGAAGUUGCGGGACUUAUGCAAGAAAUGGAGAUUUGGGAUGAAGCCGACCUCAAUUGGUCAAACGUGUUAUGCGGGAUCGACCGCAAUCAAAGAACUGGUCUGGAAGAGUGGCUAUCCUCAUGGCAUGCUCAAUCAUCGUCGAUUGGGCUCCAGGGCACAGACUGGGCCAAACGUCAGCUCAAACUGCACGUUGAUGUACCUCCGCCACCACUUAUUGUGACUGCCCACCUACAGAUCAAUGGCAGAUGGGGAGGACCAAUGACGGCCACCCUCGGGCAGCCUCUCCUUGCUAGAUUAACACUUAGUCUGACAGCAUCCCAGCAGGAAGAAGUCGAAGGCAUGUUCGAGCUUGUAGCAGUGGCAGAUUCCUGGAUGAUCGGAGGACGACGCAAGGGCAAUGUCAAGCUCCAGCAUAAGUCAAUCGAGAUCCAGAUCGUUCUCUUUCCUCAACAAGUUGGUCAUCUACUCCUUCCAACUAUCACAAUCAAAUGCCGAAGAAGAACAAAUCGGGGUGGCAAGGGUGGUCGAGAGAGCUGGAUCGAGGUCAACAGUGAAGUAUACAACGCAUCACAUGGACGCAGUGUUCUUGUGAUACCAGACUUACGAAGCACAACCGUAGAAGUGUUCGGGCCAAACCCAGAGUUCGGAACAGGGAAGCUGGUGGUGGCCAAGCCCCGGGACCGUAAAAUCAGAUAA